AUGCCGGAAGUGAAGGUAAGAUUUUUUUAUUAAUUUCAUGUAAGGUGUCUCCUCCAUAAGCUGUCCCCUUGCCCCCCUGAGAUUUUCUAAGGUCUAGGGGGACCCCAUCACCUUAUGAAGUCUUUCCAGUCUGGCAAUGGACGUACAUAAAGUCGCUAUCUGUUUUGAUCGCUGCUUCUUCAGGCUAGAACUCACUCCUAUCAAGUAUCCUCUCGUGACUGUCUUGUAUUACGUCUGAAUCUUAAGGCAGGAACUCACUCCUAUAAAGUAUCCCUUCACAACUGUCUUGUAUGCCUCCCAAACUGUUAAAGUCUCCGGUAUCAAAAUAUUGAAGUAGUGUUGUGCACGUCUCUUUAACCAGGAGCGGGUAUGCCAAGAUUGAUUCAUUAAGGCGCCAGGAGCAUUGCAGCAACAGUGGAGAAGAUAGUCUGAUACCCAGUGGGCAAUGAUCCGACCACGUCAUGGAGGAUAAGUCCAACGAUUGUAAGAGCAGAAGGUCAUAGUAGCACAUAAAAAAGUAAUCAAUUCAUGUGUAGGACACUUGGGUAAUGGAGUCAAAAGAGUGGAGAGCCAUCCAGCAAUCCACCAGUUGAUAUUUAUGCAACAGGGAUAUCAACCUGGCAUGUUGUUUAGGCAUGUCUAUGUGUGUAUGUCCAGAAGUCUCCUAGUGAGGAUGUAGGGGCAUGUUGAAAGCACAACUGCACCUUCCAUGAAUGACUUAAGCUCAUGCAGAGCAAGUUGUAGCAAGAGGAAUUGGGAAGCAUUAGAUACAUUUAUAAUAGCCAAUAUGUGCAUUGUGUCCCCAAUCAGACCCUUAGUAAAUAGGCACCUACCAACCACAUUUGUCAGAGUUUCUCAUUCUGUAUAUGUCAGUGUUCUAAAGAAGAAUAUAAGCACUACCUUUGUUUUUGAGUGUGGGUUAUGACUAAAUAAACCUACAGGGUAGUCCCUAUUAUGGUGUGCUGGUACUGAGUCUCCUCUGAAGUGGGUUUCCUGAAUAAAAUCAAGAGAGGCCCACCUGGAGCAGAGUUCUUGCAGCAGGUGAGCUUGCUUUUUGUAUAUAUAUUUAAGCCUCUGGCAUUGAUGGAGAUCAACGUCAGAUCUGCUGGCAUGAAUGAGAGUGCCUCUUGCUGACCCCCAAUGCCCGCCAUUUCCCAUGUCUCCCACCCAGGAGAGUGAGGGGAUGGCAGGGAGAGAUAAAAAGGAGGGAGAAGGAUAAUGUAUGAGGUGAUUGAGCAGAUAAGUAGAAGGAAAGCCAAAGAAAGCACAGAUGGGUGAGAAGAGUGUCACAUGAAGAAAACAUUUAUUAUUGUGGAUAGAUACUAUCCAGGCCACAGUACUUGACUGUCACCUGCACGCAUAAAAACUUCAACCUCCUCUUCUGUAGAUGUUUGCAGUCUAAUCUUGUGGGGGAGAGAAAAAUAUCAUACGGACCAACUCCCGUGAUGUAGACAAGAGUUAGUGUUUUCUGGACGAGCGUGGCCAUGUUCCUGUUAUCACUCAGUCACCCUAGAAGGCACAUAUCAUACCAAGCAGAGUAGGACUGAAUAACCUUUAACAGCUUAACAAUGUAAAUCCCUUGUUUAUCUCACUCAAAAUGUAAAUAAUUUAGGAUAUAUAUAUAUCAAUUCUGGGUGUCCAUUAUUUAAACAUUCUAGCAAUCAACCUAACUAAUUUAAUUGUAUAAUCUCGUUCCAUACCUUCAGGAGGACCUCAAACAAAACAUUGUCCAACCCACUGGAAUCCCCCAAUCAUAUUUCAUUGUGAUCGAGUCAGAUGCUAACCCAACCCCAAGCGCUGGACUCUUAAUGUGGGUGUAGAUGUGUUGUCUUAUCUGUAAGCCCCUAUAUCUGUCACCACGCAGGUAUAGUGUACUUGCACAAAACUGCAAACUACUGUACUUCUUUAAGGGUACAAGAUAUUCAGGAGCCUUGUUAUGCUCCACGAGACCCCUUUGUGGUAGAUAGCAAGUAAACAUCUGCCAAGGCAUGACACGAUGCUAACCUUUGGUGUGAGGGGAAAAAAAGAAAGAAAAGGUGGAGAAUUCAAACUCCUUCUGUUUAAACAUUAAGGGGAUACUUCAGAUUGGUUAUCUACUUGAGAUUAAAAGACUCUGUAUUUGGGUCACAGCUGUGAACCUCAGUUAAAAUAACUGGUUUGAGCAUUAGAAAAUCAUGUUUGGACACAUACCCAGCCAUGGCAUGACUUCAUCCACAACAGAAACCCAAUGUGACGUCUUCCUCCAUGGGACAUAUUUUAGAACUUGUUGAGCCACAAGGUGCAAUACAUUGAUGUCCAAAGAAUAUACCUAUAACUAAAUAUAUCUUAAACCAAAGAAUAUACCUAAAACCUUGUCACUAGUCCCACAGAAUACACAGCAGCUCUGGACAAAUAGUCAGCUGUAUUACAAUUUUAAUUCUUCCCAUGAUGUCUGUGUCAUCAUUUGGGGGAUGCAACCCCAUACCGUACAGUAGUGGACACCUAAGGGAUCCAAAUACUAAUACCAUAUGUGCAUGUUUGGAGCCACAACCCAACAAGAAAAUAUCAUAAGGCCACAGUGAACUAUAUAUCAUAAAAAAAUAUUAAAUAGCCUACCAUCAGGCAGAACCCAGCACAGGUCACCUCAGGUUCCAACAUAGUAUUCACCUACAUGGGAUGCAAGUUAUUAUUGUACUGCAUGGUGAUAAACCUCUAUAGAUAUAGUGAAGUUGGGAGGCAGGGGGAAAACUAUAUAAAUGGAGUGUGGUGCAGCAGCAAGGUAUUGGGGACUUCCUUAAAACCUCAUUUGAUAUACAUCUUGGAAUGGUUUACAGGGAAAUGGUAAUGGACACAUGUCCUGACACAGCAUUCCCACUAGAACAGCAGAAAUAGUAUGAUGUCUACCCACAAUUGUCACACAUUAGAGCCCACACAAAACCAUGGCACGUCAUAUUGUUUUCAAAAAAAUUAUAAGUAUAUUCAACUGCCUCCGUAGGGCUAGACAUCAGGCAAUGCCCCUGCAAACUAUAUGUCAUAAAAAAUAUGAAAUGAUUACCAAAUGGUCUCAGUUAAGCUUUAAACCACCAUAACGGUGAAACAAAAGUGCAAACAACAAAAAACAGGGAGGGAGAAGUAGAGAGCAGGACUGAGACCUGGGCCUGCCCAAACCUGUCACUGUGAUUGCCGGCAAGUCCAGAGCCCUUGUAAAAGGUGGAAAAUCUUAUGGUGUCUUGAUGACCCAUGUUUAGGUGCCCCUUCUGGCCGCCAACUUGAGAGUUGCCCCUGUUCCUCUCUCUGCCACAGUGUGUGGGGGAGAACAGCUCAUAGAGCGGAAGAAGGUACGGAUAGGGCUGGGUGCCAUAUUGGUGUUGGCCAAUUGGGAUGGCAAGGCCUCGGGGCCAUGAGGUAUUCCCUAAUUGAUGCUUUAGAUGCUUUUGUCUGAUGGGUGCCCUCAGUGACCAGGGCAUGUUAAAAGGUUGCAGUUUUUGCCUAUAGUGUUGACCACUAUCGCUGCAAAUAUAAAUUAAAGCUGGCUUUGCCUGAACUAGUGAUUCAAGCAGCCAUGCUUGUUGGCAGUCAGACAUGUCCCCCCAUAUGUAUAUAUCUGUUUAACGUUAUGUGAAUAAAUAUUUUGAUUUAGAAUUUGGUAUUUUAUUUCUUUAGUGUGCAUUUUAUUCAUAUUCCAUGAAACAUCUAAAUUGCAUCCACAAAAUAAACAAAACAUUGUAAGCUAACAUCAGGUAAUGUAAAUAGGUACUAUCAGUCCUCCAAGGGCAAAGGCUUUCAGUUGAUUUUAAUAUAUUUUUCAGAAAAUGUCCACUAAUGUGUAAAUAUAAUGUUCAUGUUGUCAUGUUAUUUAUUUCUCCUACAUAACUAUAGUUCACAAGUUCAUUUAUCUUAAGGUGUUUUCCAAAGAGUAAAAACAGAGCAAACAAAUUAAAAAAAAAAGAGAUAAUUUAUUUAUAGCCCUAUAUUUAAUCCUGUAACCCUGGGGCUUAUAGAGAAAUAUAAUUUGAUUUAAUGAUAGGUAUAUAUGCUUGCAUCAUAGGGUUAUUCAAGUCAAUACAUUGUCAUCCUCAAUUAAAACUCAUUAUUAAUUAACUUUUUUAUUUCUAUUGUGCUCUCAGUCUACUUCAUCACGAAAGUGUCACUAGUUAGGCAUGUGUGUCAAAGAGUAUGAUGGUGAGACAGGGCCACCAGGUAGAAUUGCCCAAGGGAAAUACCUGGAACAAUAACAGAAACGCUAUACAUAUAUUUAUAUAUUAUAAGGUUCCUUGAUUACCUAUAGUCCCAGGUCUUAAGUCCCUAUUCUCUCUUACUACUUUCUGGAGGGCAGAUGUUAGUAUAACUGCACAUAGCUGUAAUAAUGCAAACUGAACUUUAAAUAUUUUGAUAUUUAAAGAAGUUGAGCACUACAAGGAUACAAUAGAAUUAGAAAAAUAAAAUUAAAAAAACUGUAUUGUAUACCAAUUUAAACAUUAAUUUAAUUACUUUGUAUUAUAAAACAAACGUAAUUCCUUAAAAUUAUAUAUUUAGCUAGCUAAGGUGGGUGGGUGGAAGUUAGUGAGGAAUUGGGGUAUUUGGUGUUAGGCUAGCUAGGAAUUAACUUUAAAAAAAAUGUUUUUAAAAGCUUUAAAAAGUUUUAAAAAGUAAAAAUGUUUUUUUAAUAAUGUUUAAAAAUAAAACUAAAAAAGUCCCGCCCCACCCCUUUACCCAGUCCUAAUAAAAAUUAACCCCUUCACUGUAAGUUGAUCACUGCCUAUGGUGAUAACAGUAUAAUACUGUGAUCUGUAUUCUGUUGUUUUUUUAACCCCCUGAGCGUUAAAUUUAUUAUUUUUUUUAACCCUCAGAGUUUCAAUUUAUUUCAUUGAUUAAUUUAAAUAUUUUAAAAUUAUAUAUUUUGCUAGCUGGGGUGGGUGGGAGUUAGGAGGAAUUAAGGAAUUUACUGUUAGUGCUGCUCACUGCUAGUUAGGGGUUAACGGUUAAAAAAAGUAAAAAAGUGUAAAAAAGUUUUAAGAAAGUUUAAAAAGUUAAAAAAUCUAAGAAGUAAACAAAAAAGUUUAAAAACAAUUUUAAAAAGUAAAACAAGUUUUAAAAUAAAAAAACAAUAAAUAAACAAUAAAAAAAUACAUAAAAUCUGAAACAAACUAGCGAAAACAUGAUUCCACGCUAAGGUUCAAAAUAUGCCUUUUAAAUUACCCCGGGCUGUAUUCUUUAAUAAAUAGCAUGUGUUUGUGGGGAAGUUUCAAUUUCCAACCAGCUAAACUACUCCUAAAUUGAACAUGGGCACAGCGUAAAACUUCAAAGUUAGAAAAAAAACAGAAUGGCUGCAUCUCAAAUGUGCCCCUUCAACAUCCACAUAUACCUGGCAAAGGUACAUACAGGGUAAUGUUUUACUCAGAAGACAUAGCUGAGCAACAUAUGAAAUAUUAUACAGCUGUUGCACACAUAAGAUUUGCAAAAUAUACUGUGCAACUCACUUUGUGUGUGAAAAAGCCAGAAAAAAUGCUUAUUGCCACUACACUUGGUACAGGCUAGCGGAAAAAUUAUCCCCCACUAAGGUUCAAAAUAUUCCUUUUGAAAUACCCUGGGAUGUCUUCUUUAAGAAAUGGUAUGCCUUUAUGGUGUAGUUGGAAUAUGUCGCUUGCUGAAGUGCUCCGAAAUGGAACACAGAGCCAACAAAAACCAUCUAUGAAAAUUCCCACUUAAAAACCUGAACUUCUCACAUCUCUUUUACAGCACUGUAACUUCACAAAAUAGUGUCUAGGUCAUACAUUUGGCAUAUUGAUUUACUCAGAAGAUGUAACUGAGCAUUAUUUGGGGGAUUUUAUGACAGUGGCACAUAUCAAGUUUAUGAAAUACUCAGCAAAAAUGCAACACAUUUUUUUUCAUCCCCACAAACUGACAUAAAUUGGUGAAAAAAUGGUGACAAGUUAAGGCACAAUAUACACCAUAUAAAAUACCCUGGGGUGAGUGCUUUCUCAAAUGGAAGCUCUUUAUUUAGUUUUAUUAUAACAUUUAAAGUGCUAUAAUGCCACAAAAAGAGACAUAGGCCCAUCAAAUCAAUCUAUGAAAAUUCUAACUAUAGAAACUGAAAUAGCCUUGUCUCUUUUAUGGCCUGGUAGCUUCACAGAAUAGUGCCAAAGGCAUACAAUGGGGGGUAUUGUUGUACUCAGCAGAUAUAGCUAAACACAAUAUGGGGUUCUGUGCAGGAAUAGCACACAUCAGCUUUACGAAAUACACAUUAAAAAAACCUUGUUAUAUGUAUUUAUGCCAAAAUAGAGAAAAAACACAAUUUUACUCCAAUAUUUAGCAGAGUUUAGCAAUGAAAUAGCUAUGUAAAAAGUGUCAAAAUAUCCCUAGGUAAAUAGCCUGUGAUGUCUACUUUCUAUAAAUAUAUACUUUUGUGUGGCCUUUUUGAUUUUGUUCAUUUUAUAGUUAUUAUUGACCUCUUACUCUAUAUUGUUAAUGCUUUAUGUUAUGUCUUGUACAGAUUCUGUGUACUAAUAUACUAAUUGUUAUGGUUUAGUUGUAUUGGCUCUACUUUAGGUUAUCAACACUUCUCAUUAUUGUACAGCAAUGUAUAGACUAUUUAAGUGUUAUUUUUCUAUGCUUUUCAUUUAUAUCUAAAAUGGAACAAUCUAUUAUAACAGGGAAUUAUUUAUAUGUCUACCUUUUUUAUAGAGAGAAAAAAUAUGCUGUUUUGGGCUUGCUUGUGCUGAUAUAAUACCUUUAUGUAUUUUUUUGUUUAUUUUUUUUCAAAUGUUUAUAGAAGAAACAUGUCAAAUAUAAUUAGGGUUACUAUAUCCACCAUGUUUCAGGGACACAUACAAUGUUGUUAAAGUUAUGAAAAUAUAUAUAUCCCUGCAGUAUGUGUAAUGCAUAUUCUGCAUGAUUCUUUAUUGCCUAAUUACUGCAGACACAGUGUAUAAGUCAGCUGAAAUGAAAGAAAAAUAAUGCAUUGCAUCCAACAUAAUAGUGGUCGGAAAGAAUGUAAGCGACUUAAAGUAUACAUUUUUGUGUCAAUGCAUGUACACAAUCUUGAGAAUUAUAUGGGCAGGUUGACAUGCAUACAAACAAAAAUAAAAAACUAGAUACAUAUGCUGCUCAGAAUAAUGGUCCAUUAAAGAUAGGUUAUAAAGUAAAAAUGUGCAUCCAAUCUAUGUUGUGGUGUUCAGUAAAGCAUCCUGAAAGUUGAGUGUGUCCCUUUGUAGGAAAAUAACCCAGGGUUACCAAGUGUGCAUGUAUUGAAAAUAUUUAGAGUAGUACAGUUCCUGCAUAACUCUAAUCUUUUCGUCUUUCUGCAACCAAUAUCUUAAGGCUGUUGGGGAAGCAUUCUUCCAAAAGAAGGGGAUUAACUAAUUUUCUGCAGUCAGCAUGUGUUUCAACAGGGAAGCUUUGAAUUUGUGCAGGGAUUGUGAAAAUAAAAAUAAUAACAUUGUUGUGGGUGUGAAGUCAAUUACUUCCUUAGUGGUCAAGUGUACCAUACAGGCUAUGCGCCUUCAAAAUGUUUCAAUUGCAUGACAAUACCACCAGACGUGUGAGCACGUUACCCAUGACUGAUGACACCUCCAACACAUGUCUGAAGAGGUUGGGAAAAAAUAAUGUAUUUGUGUGGGAGAGUAAUGCAUAUAGAUAUCAGUUUGUAAUUGUGUAGCUGUAUUGUAGGAAGACUUGUGGGCAAAUAAGAAUAUUUUUCUCCAUUUGUUAAGAGUCAAGAAGCACUGCAAUUCUUGUAACUACUGGGUGGUAAAUCUGAGUAGUGCAUGUCCUUGUGUGUUUUGGAUCAUAUGAUAGAACAUUUAUAGGUGCUUUUUGUGAUUGGAUUGUGUUUUGCAAAGUUGUUUAAAUUUAGAGAGGAUGCAAUAGCUUUUGGUGUGGUCUGGUAUAUAACUUAUUAAGUGGAGGAGCUGAGUAUAAUGAUAUUCUUGAAUAACGGUGGGGGUAAGCCUGGUGUAAACAAAGGAUUCUGGGUUACUGCAUAUAGAGGGCAAGAGUGAUGUGAUAGAUUGUAGUUUUUCCUUAUUUGUGUCCAGACCCGUAGAUUGGGUGUAAUUUUGGGCGUGGACUAUGGCUUAGAAAUUGGUGUCUUGACUUUUGCCAUGGGACUGUCUCCAAAUGUACUACAAGGAAGGACCAUUCCAGUUCUACCCAAUGUUUUCCCCUAUGCACGAAUGAUCAUAAAUCCUGGUUAG